GACCUUUUUCUGCGUCUCCCAACUUUGAGCUCAUCCACCUCCCCACCUUUUUGAUCGGCACAUUUCCCGGCAUGGGAAUUCCGAGCGACGAUGUCGUCGUUAUCGAGAAAGCGAUACUCCCCGGCGAGCCCUGCGUCAUCACUGUUAAUUGCCCCGACAAGACCGGCCUGGGCUGUGAUAUCUGCAGAAUCAUCCUUGAUUUUGGGCUCUACAUUAAGAAAGCAGAUUUUUCGACUGAUGGGAUAUGGUGCUACGUUGUACUAUGGGUGGUUCCUCGUCCCAGCUCGACAGCGGUGAAAUGGUCGAAUUUGGAGAACCAGCUCCUAUCAGUGUGCCCUUCAUGUUCUGUUCCAUACUACUUCUACCCCCAGACUACAAGUUCGUCCCCUGCAGUUUAUCUCUUAAAGUUUCUUUGCUCUGACCGUAAUGGAUUACUGCAUGAUGUGACUGAAAUUCUGUCUGAUCUUGAGCUUGCAAUUCAAAUGGUGAAAGUGACAACAACGCCAGAUGACAGGGUCUUGGACCUGUUCUUCAUAACUGAUAACAUGGAGCUUCUACACACAAAGGAACGCCAAGAUGGGACAUUGAAACAGUUGCAAGCUGUAUUGGGUGAGUCGUGUACCGGUUGCGAACUUCAAUUGGUAGGUCCUGAAUAUGAUCCCCACCACGCCAUCCAUUCUUUAUCUCCUGUAGUAGCUGAAGAGCUAUUCAGAUGUGAGCUACUGGAUAAAGAAAUCCGAUCUCAAGCUCUUAGUCCAGAUAUGGCGAAAUUAAAGAAUGCCAGUGUGACAAUAGACAACUCAUUAAGCCCAGCGCACACAUUACUUCAGAUCCACUGUGCUGAUCACAAGGGUCUCUUGUAUGACAUUAUGAGAACUUUGAAAGACAGCAACAUCAAGAUAGCUUAUGGUAGAUUUUCUCCACCAGCAAAAGGGUAUCGGGAUCUAGAACUUUUUGUUCAGCAAAAGGAUGGGAAAAAAAUUCAGCAUCCGGAGGAGCAGAAUGCUUUGUGUUGGAGUUUGAAGGUGGAGAUGCUGCAUCCUCUGCGUGUUGUCAUUGCAAACCGAGGGCCUGAUACAGAAUUGUUGGUUGCUAAUCCAGUUGAGCUAUCUGGAAAGGGGCGACCACUAGUUUUCUAUGAUGUUACACGGGUUCUAAAAGAUCUAAAGAUCUGCAUUUUCUCGGCUGAAAUUGGAAGGAGGAUCUCAGCAUCAGAUCGUGAAUGGGAGGUGUAUAGUUUUCUGUUGGAGGAGAAUUCCAAAUUUCAGUUCUCAAAUAUGGUAGCUAAAAAUCAGAUUGUAGAUAGAGUUAGACGAACACUGAUGGGAUGGUGAGUACAGUUAUCAUCCUUCUACCAAUGUUCCGAGUCUUAAUGUAUCUAUGUGCUCGCUGUAGCUCAGGCUCACCGGUGGAGUUAAGGAAUCUCUGAUGAAGGAAUCGUGUUGAAGUCUCUUGAAAAUGACCAUUAUCACAUUAUCUAUGGUCCUGGCGGCAAGCAUGCAGUUUCCGGUUUAUGUAAACUAGUGCAGUGCCUUGCUUUCUUUUAAGGGGUGGGGGGUAAGAAAGCAACUCUUCUUGUCCUUGUUGAUUAAUUUGUUGAAGUUUUGACCUACUGUUUGAGCAAUUUCUUCCC